AUGAGUUCCGACUCUGUCUAUCCUAAGAUCAACAAUACCCCAGUGCUCAUCGCUGGUGCCGGUUUGGGCGGUCUGUGUCUAGCUCAGGCAUUGAAGAAGCAUGCCAUACCAUUCAAAAUUUUCGAGAGAGACUUCAAGCGAGAUUUUCGAGCCCAAGGAUAUCGCCUCCGCAUAUCAGAAGAUGGCAUUCUUGGCUUGCAGUAUUCCUUGACACCCGAAGUAUGGAAGUUGUUUGAGAAAACAUCAGCCGAGUUUGUCGGCGGAGCACACGGUGGCCGUUUGAACGUUCUUACAGCUGAACCUCUUCCAGCUGGCGGCGGACCUCCUGCCGGUGCUCACGGUCAGAUGCAGCCAUACACGGUUGAUCGUACAACAAUGCGCGAGGUGUUGCUGACCAAUCUCGAAAAUGAGCUCCAUUACGGAAAGUGCGUGUCUCAUUUCGAAACCCAUGAUGACAGAGUCACCGCACAUUUUUCAGACGGCACGUCCGAAUCUGGAUCACUUCUUGUCGGUGCCGAUGGCCUAAACUCUUCGAUCCGAAAACAAAUUUUACCGGAGUACCCAUUUCUUGACACGGAAUCGCGAAUCAUUUACGGAAAAUCACCUAUCACUUCGGCAUUCGAAGCAGAGAUUUCGGCCAAGCUGCUUCAGGGCAUGAGCCUCUUGUCGGAGGAUACAACUCACGGAGUCCCAAAAACGAUGCUACUCGAAGCUAUACGCUUUCAUCAAGGGAAUUCUAUCGAGCACAUCGAACUUCCCGAUGACUACCUUUAUUGGGUCUUGCUACUCCGCAAAGAACAUUCCCCGCUCCCCGAUACAAAGUUGCUGAGCCUGAGCAAAGAAGAAUCUGCAGAUCUGGCGCUAUCACUAACCGAAAAUUGGCAUCCGAGUAUCAGAGCAGUUGUGAAGCAUCAAGAUCGAACACAGACGUCGACCUUAAGAAUAGCUUCGGUGGAUCCAAAACUCCCGGACUGGCAGUCCUGGGAGAGAGUGACAUUACUUGGGGACGCGAUUCAUGCAAUGCCUCCUACUGGAGGACUGGGUGUCAACACUGCGCUUCGGGAUGCCAGCGACCUCGCUCGCAGAAUUAUCAAAGCUCACGAUAACCAGGAAGAUCUGUCAGGAAUCGUUAGCGAAUAUGACAAGGAAUUGCGGGAAUAUGCGCGCAAGCCACUUGCAAUAAGCUGGGGCGCUGGUAGGAAAACAUUUGGUCUACGACCAGCUGAUCAGUGCGAGAGACUUUCUUCAUAA